CACUGAGUCAUUCUAGGACACCAGCGUGAUGGUGUCAUGGCAACGACUAGAGCGUCAACAUGUCCGGAGAAGCGAUAAGUCGUGAAAAGAGAGAACGACCAAAAGAAAAGGAUAACAAGCUGGAGAAAGAGGACUGUGUCUUCCUCCAAUUCGACGCGUUGCCACACCAACGAAUCCAAGAGCUGCUGGGAAAAACCGGAGAUGAGCUUCAGUCGGAACUAAAGGAAAGCCUGGGUUUCAGGAGCUAUCAGUCGUGUAUGAAGGAAGCUGCCUUGCUGGAUUACUAUGUCUGUGGUUUUUGGUGGGCAAAGGAGGCCAACUUCACCCCCAUACAGACCUCCUUCACCAUGGCUGUGCUGCACAUGCUGCUAGAUAACAUAAGAGAGAAACAGAUGGCUUUAGUGGAGAAUGUGAUGGAGUUUGCUAAAGCCUUAGCUGCUGCCUGUUGCAGCUCUACUUCCUACCAAAAUUCACUUCUAGACAGAGAAGAAGCUACAGCACUCAUAAGUUACGUCAGAAACAGCCUGUUUCAGAAAUACAGACUCUACGAGCUUCUCUUCACCACAUCCAGAGAGGAACUCCUGACAGGCACGGAGAGGACUGUUGAAGUGUUCAGCUGUCCAGAUGAUAUUCCUCCACUAGAAGAAGGCAUUUCCACUCACCUGUACCUCCAGUAAAUGUCUCUGCUUGCUGUCCAGAAAAAUGAACAGGUGAUGAGGGACAGAUGCUGCCUGUGGAAUCAGUCUAGAUAACCAGCCCUCUCUUCAUAUUAUCCCUCAGUUCUGUUUUGUUUUUUGUGCCAUUCACAAAAUUCAUGUUACUCGACUGCCUCGUUUGGAUCACAUAAUAAUAUAUAAAAGAAGUUGUCACUUACAUUUACACUUUGUAUGUGUAAAGUAAUCCUGUAUGUGGCAAUGACACAGAAUGUUACACAUGAUAAUGCAUGCCCUUUAUUUUUUUUUUCCUUCAAUUUUGAUGGGUUGUCUAUUUACAAAAAAUGAUAAUAAAACAACCCUUUUCUUACACUAUAUGGCUUCUUACAUUGUUCACUGACUCGUGCUUUCUUGUACAUUAACCCUAACCCCCACUUAACAGUGAACAAUGUACAGACAUACUGGAAACCCCAUGGCAGAGUCAGAGCAGAUUAAUAUUGCAGGCAGGAAUGCAUAAAUUUCAUUUGGAACUUUAACAUCUGUUAAUAAUGUAUGAGCUCAUAAUGCAAGCUGAUAUUUCUGCAUUCCAAAUAGUGUUGGAAUAGAGUACAGGCGGUGGUGGUAUGUAGUCAAUUUUGCAAUGAGAUGUAAAGUGCAUAAAUCAUAUGAGAAAAUGAAAAUCAAAACAAUCGAACACGGCCUAAGGGAAUCAAUUUCUGAUGUUGAACACAAACUUAGGAGGAGAAAGACCAACAGUACACAUUCACUUGCUGCCGAGGCAUUUGUGCUGUGGACUAUAUGAUAAAUAAAGCACUCCAUUUCCAUGCCCAAGUGCUUUCAGCCAUCCAUUCAACGGGAUAUUUCAGUUGGAGAUCUGUUUUUAGCCUGUCGCAGAUUGCCUGUGCUGUUCUAGUUUGCCUCUCUGUAGAUGGUAUUUUAUAUCCUCCAUUCUCAUCCUUUCUCCCUCUCCUUUGGGUUACAUUAAUCACUACAUGUUUUAUUUAGAAAGCUUUUAUCAAGGCAAAAUCUCAAGCGGCUACAAAGAAAGAAGGUUCAGAUGUGAAAAGCUCUGUCUGUGUAAGUAUUCUGUCUGUGUGGGUUCCUAAUAGGCAUGUGUGUCCCAUCAGGCCUUUCAGAGGGUAAAUAAGUAGUGAGUUUCAGUAAGUGGGUUUGGAACACUGCAAUUUGGAUGUAUACAAUGGCAUAUAGAAAAUACUAUAUAUACAACUAUAGUCUUAAUAAUGUGGAAUAUGUGUCAAGCCCCAGAGUAUAGUUAUAAUUUCCUUUGCCUUUCCUUUUGUCCUAUAGCACAUGCAAUAUUAUUAUGGAGUUGACAUGUGUGAGCAUAUCUUUAGCAAGCAGUUACCUAUUUAUUCAUCCAGCAGACAAAGAACAAUAUUAUUAUUCAGUUGGAGCAGAGUUGUAAAAAGUAACCCAAAAGUCAUAGUAAAAGAUAACAUGCUAAAAUAUGACAUAUCAAAAGGUUAUCAAAUACAUGUAGU